AUGGAUAGAAAACACUCAAUAAUAGGUGUAAGUUCCACUGAUGAAGAAAAAAACGAACAGCUGUUGAUUGCCUCCAACAGUACAGCUGCUGUUGCAUCAUCGUCUGUAACACACACUAGUAAAGCACCACAUGAGUUUACUAACAUCAUCCAAAUCGUUCAAAACUUUCUUGUCAUUUGGCUCAACUCUAAUAAUGAAGAAGUAAACGAAAAUAAUAAACAUGAUAAUCUUAUGCAAUUACGAAGCGUCGUGAAUACUGUGAAGACAUUUACAAAUAUGAAUCGAUGUGUUGAUUUUCUUACUGAUAUUCAAGAUGAAAAGGUGUUCAUGAUUCUUGCUGCUAGUAUUAGUCAAUAUAUUGUACCUCUUAUUCAUGAUAUCCCUCAACUUAACUCUAUUUAUAUUCUUUCUGAAAACGAAUCAAUAGAUAAUGCUUGUAUUCAGCAAUGGAAUAAAGUAAAGGGUGUGUUUACAAAAAUUUCGUCAAUUUGUGAAAAGUUGAAUCGAGCUACGCAGCAAUUUGAUCGAAAUGCUAUCUCAAUUAGCUUCGUUCCGACGAAUUAUGACGCAUCAAAUCGGAAAUUAGAUCAACUUGAUCAGUCAUUUAUGUACACACAAAUACUCAAAGAAAUCUUAUUAACAAUUCAUUUCGAUGAUACAAAUAUUAAAGAUUUCGCCAAUUAUUGUCGUGAACAAUGUGCUGAAAAUGAUCGAAAGUUAGAUGCAAUUGAUAAAUUGGAACAUGGAUACCAUCGUUAUACUCCUAUAUGGUGGUAUUCCCAUGAAUGUCUUCUAUAUUCGAUAAUCAAUCGUGCUCUACGAAUGAUGGAAAUUGAUAUCAUCAUUAAGAUGGGUUUCUUUCUUCGUGAUCUCCAUCAACAUAUUGAAAAAUUGCAUGUUCAACAAUGUAAUGAUCAUCAACAAUCUAAACCAUUUAUUGUUUAUCGUGGUCAAGGUAUGUCACAGACAGACUUUGAUCGAAUGGGAAAAACAAAAGGUGGAUUAAUAUCUUUUAAUAACUUUUUAUCGACUAGUACAGAUGAAUUUCUUUCUUACGCUUUCGCUGAAAGCAAUCAAGACAAUCCUGAUUUAGUAGGUGUUCUGUUUGAGAUAACUAUUGAUCCAUCUAUACCAUCGACAUCGUUUGCUUUUAUCAACUCUGUAAGUCAAUAUGAAACGGAAGACGAAGUUCUCUUCUCCAUGCACACAAUUUUUCGCAUUAAUGACAUCACACAAAUUAAUAAUAACAGCGGAAUGUGGAGGGCGAAAUUGUCUCUCACUAGUGAUAAUGAUCAAGACCUUCGGCUUCUUAUUGACACAAUCAGAGAAGAGAUUGCAGGACCGACUGGAUGGGAUCGAUUAGGUCUGUUGCUCAUUAAAUUGGGUCUGUUUAAAAAAGCCGAAGAAGUAUACAAAAUAUUAUUUAAUCAUAUAUUAAGUGAUAAUGAAAAAGCGGAUUUCUAUCAUAUGCUCGGAGCAGUGAAGGAUGGUCAAGGUGACUAUGAAGAAGCAAUUUCAUUUUAUCAAAAGUCACUCGACAUCAACAAAAAUAUUCUUCCUUCAAAUCAUCUCAAUUUGGCGAGAUCCUAUUUGAACAUCGGUGGAUUAUAUGAUACACUUGGCAACUAUGCAGAAGCAUUUUCUUUUUAUGAAAAAGCGUCUGAUAUUUAUCGACAAACUCUUCCUUUGGAUCAUCAUGAUUUUGCUGCUGUUUACAAUAGUAUUGGUCAUGUAUAUGAACAUACCGGCGAAUACUCCAAAGCACUUUCAUAUUAUAUAAAAGGUCUUGAUAUUAGUCAAAAAACUCUUCCUUGGAAUCAUCCUAGUUUGGCUGCGUCCUACAAUAAGAUUGGUGCUAUAUAUGACAGGAUGGGACAUUACUCAGAAGCACUUUCGUCUCAGGAAAAAACGCUUGAAAUCUAUCAAAAAACUCUCCCUCCAAAUCAUCCAGCUUUAGCUGCUUGCUACGGUUGCAUUGGUUCAACUUAUUGUAGCAUGGGCGAGUAUUCUAAAGCACUUUCAUCUCACGAGGCUGCACUUGCCAUCUACCAAAAAACGUUACCUUCGAACCAUUCUUCAUUGUCUGUUGUCUACGGUAAUAUUGGCUAUGUUUAUAGUAAUAUGGGUGAUAACUCUAAGGCACUUUCAUUUCACAAUAAAAGUCUUGAGAUUAUAGAAAAAACCCUCCCGUCGAAUCAUUAUGAGUUAGGUAUUCUUUACAGUAAUAUCGGUGGCGAGUAUUUCAAGAUGGGUGAGUAUUCGAAAGCAAUUUUAUAUUACGAAAAAGCUGUCGAAAUUAACAAAAAAAGUCUUCCAUCAGAUCAUCCUAAUUUGGCUGUUUUAUACGGCAAUAUUGGUUCAGUUUAUGAUCAGAAGAGAGAAUAUUCAAAAGCGCUCUUGUCCUUUGAAAAAGCACUUGAGAUUCUUCCAAAACAUCUCCCUUCAAAUCAUCCUUAUAUUGGUAAGUCUUAUGGUAACAUUGGUCAUGUUUAUGAAAACAUCGGCGAUUACGAAAAAGCACUUUUGUUUUAUGAAAAAGGACUUCAUAUCUAUGAAAAAAGUCUUCCUCCAGAUCAUCCUCAUCUUGCUGCUGCGUACAGUCAUGUUGCUUCAAUGUAUUUUAAUUUGGGCAGCUAUUUGAAAGCAGCUUGGUCUUACGAAAUACAGCUGGAAAUUUGUCAAAAAUUUCUUCCUUCAGGUCAUCCUCAGUUGGCUAUUGUGUGCAAUAACAUUGGUCUUAUAUAUGGCAGUAUGGGUGAAUACUCGAAAGCAUUUUCAUUUCAUCAGCGUGCUGUUCUCAUUAGUCAACAUUCAUUAAUCCAAAAUGAUCCCAAUUUCCAAACGUAUAAAGAUAAUCUGGAGUUUAUAAGAAAGAAAUUGUAA